AUGAAGUAUCAAAACAUCGUUAUUUUGCUAAGUGCAGCAUCCUUCGCUACUGCGGCAUCUGAGGACAUCGCAGGAAAUAGUCAAGAUGCGGGUUCCAACCCACCACAAGGAACUAUUCAGGCAUUAGUAAGUACUUCUAUUGAAGCAAAUAUAGGUGGAAAGCAUCUCCCAACUUCAUCUUGUGAAGAACCACCCCCAACUUCGUCCUGCGAAGAACCACCCCCAACUUCAUCUUGUGAGGAAACAACUCCAACGUCUUCUUGUGAAGAAACACCUCCAACGUCUUCGUCCUGCGAAGAACCACCACCAACUUCAUCUUCUGAGGAAAUACCUCCACCUACUUCAUCUUGUGAAGAAAUACCUCCAACGUCUUCAUCCUGCGAAGAACCACCACCUCCAACUUCAUCUUGUGAAGAAACACCUCCAACGUCUUCAUUCUGCGAAGAACCACCUCCACCUACUUCAUCUUGUGAAGAACCACCUCCAACAUCUUCUUGUGAUGAAACACCCCCAACCAAUAACCAACCAUCUGCAACUUCACUGCAUCCUCUUAAAUCAACUGAGAAGCCAAUUGAAAAACCAACUGAAGUACCAACCAAUUCGCCUCCAGAAUACACCAAGACCAUCAAAGCGGCCCACCAAAAACCAACCAAUACCUAUCAUGCUCCAAGUGAGCCAACUACAAUGGUCACUUCUGCUCCUCCUCAUACAACUUCAUCUGCUGUUGCACGUCCUCCAGCUAUCGAAACUUUCCAAGCAGCAGCUCUUCGCGGAGACCCAUCAUCUGCUGCUAUUUUAUAUGCUAUUUUAGCUGUUCUAUUAUCUGUUAUCUAG